AUGGCUGUCAGGCAAAAGGCAGACUCGGACUUGGAAGAUUUGUACCUCGCUCACCAAGCAGCAGCUAAUGGAGACAAUAGCCUGCUAAUACAGGCCAUACAGAAGGAUCCCAGUGUUAUAGAACAGCCUGAUAUAGAUGGAUUCACUCCGUUGUCUCAUGCUGUGCGUUCAGAACAGCUAGGUGCAGUGAAGCGUCUUAUAAAAAUGGGUGCUGAUGUGAACACCCGUGAUGGACAAGGUCGUACUUGUCUCUCCACUGCCGCAUAUCAGGGCUGGUAUGAUGGUGUUAUGUAUCUCCUGAGAAAAGGUGCUAAACAGAACAUCUCAGAUAAAUCUGGGAGGACCCCUCUGCAUGCUUGUACAUAUGAUAAAGACAUCAGAAUUAUUGGAGUGUUACUGCAGACACUGACGAACCAGGAGGUCAAUCAGCCAGACAAUGAGAAAAUGACACCACUACACUGGGCAGCCUUCCAUGACAGACCAGAGCAUGUACAGAUGUUGAUAAUGCAUGGGAGUGACAUGACAUGUCAGGAUGUGGAUAAUAAAACUGCCCUUCACUGGGCAGCACAGAAAGGAAGUAUUGGGAGCUGUCGUGUACUUAUACAAUGUGCCAAAAACCAGCGAUUUGUCAACAUUCCUGAUUCCUCAGGAAAGACAGCUGUCCACUAUGCUGCUGCUGCCGGAAAUGUCAACAUCCUGCAGGAACUCGCCAAACUAAUGGGGUGUGAACUGGAGUGUGAGGAUCCAGAUGACAGGACUCCCUUACACUGGGCCACUGCCAUGGGUCAUAUGUCAUGUGUAGCUCUUCUCCUGCGUCUGAAAGUCACACCUAAUCCUGUUGACAUUGAAGGAGGGACACCCCUGGAUUACGCUCAGCAAUCAGGUCACAAAGAAUGUCAGGCACUGUUAGAAAAGGCAAUGGGAAUAAAGCCCAAUUCUCAUCCAGAAACCAAGACAAAACCAUGGAAACGAACAUUUGAUAAUAAUUCAUCUCGCAAGGGAACAGUACGCAAUCCCAUAUGGAAAUUAAAAGAUCUGUUCCGUCCUCGUCAUAAAAAGAGCACUACCGGAACUCCAACAUCAGAUACGACAAAUACAAGUGAUUCUAUAGAGAUGAAAACUUUAGUACCUGAUAGUGCUAGCUCUAGAGACACCAGUGGGAGGUCAAGGGUCAGAAAAAAUUCCAUUGAACUUCGAACCCAGAGGUUAACCCAUAGGUCAACUCAGGAAAAGACAAUACUCAAUUCCUUAUCUAAUCAAAACGAAACAAUGCUGAAUAAUUCUUCACUCCAAAGGGAGACAACUCUUCACAGAGAAACAAUGAAUAAGCCUGUGGUGAGGAGAACCAUGACAAUCCCUAUUCCUAUAUUAACGGUUAGUCAACCUGAUGACGAUGAUGAUACACCCGGACGACCUAUAGCUAGUGCAAGGUCACAGCUCAGAAGUGCAAGGUCACUGAAAUCACCUAUGUCCUCUCUAAUCGUGGAACAUGCACUGAUCCACCGUGAAAAAGACAGUAGUGAUAGUGAUAAUUCCCCACCCAAAGGCUCCCCACCCUGGGGCUCUCCACCAAAAGACUCUCCACCACGACAGUUGAUUGUUCCUAAAAUAGUGCUGUCCACAGUAACUGAUCUGGAUGCAGAUCAGUCACCAAAACAACGAAGGAAAAAUAGGAAGUCAGCAAGGAAGAGCCCACACCCAGAUCCCCUCCAUAUCCCUCUACCACAACCCUAUAUGAUAACUCAACCUAUUGGCAUGCCUGUUUCACCUAACUUACCCCCUGUCAUGACUCCAAGACUAUCACCACUAUCUACCAAUGUGCUGCCACGGCAACUACCCUCGCGGAAAAAACAGGAAGAUUUAGCACCACUACGUAUUCCACCUUCUCCAAUACCUGUUCCUAUGAGAAUGCCUGCACCUACAUCACCAGCUGGUUUCCGGGGAAGACAUGCAGACAGACCGAAGAAAUCUCCCACUCCACCACCCACCAUCAAACUCUGGCCAUCUGAUGAGAACAUCCCACAACAACCAAGUCCAAAUCUCUCACCGAGUCCUCUGGUGUUCGACUCGGAGACUUCAGAAAAGAUAAGACGAAGUGUGCACCGCCGAUUAAGUGGAUUUAGCGAAAAGAGCGGAAUAUCUCGUAGGUUGAGUGGACUCAGUGAGGCAUCACAAUUUCUGACAGUGGAUGAGCGUGAUCGAUUUGGUGGUGGUGGAUCAGAUCAUUUGUCAUUGUCCUCAGGGUCAAGGUUGUCCAUGCAUUCUGGUUCACAAUAUUCAGGACCACGGAGUCCACUUCCAUCUGCUAGGAGUGAUGCAAGAAGUAUACAGUUAACACCACUUAACAACAGCUUCGGCUCAAACACGAGUGGAACUCUUUUGUGUGCCUCUCCUGUACCCAUGACAACCAUGGAGAAGAAAAGUAUGGAUCGCUCCAUACAAAGUUUACUUCAUUGA